AUGGCAGAUCUCCCAACUACCUUCGAAGGGAAGAACGUCUACCUCGUUCACAUCGCAGUGAUCGGCGGCACCGGCCUCCAAAAACUCGAAGGCUUCGUCCAAAUCGCAACCGUCAACCCGCUCACUCCCUGGGGCUAUCCCUCCGCACCCAUCCAUAUUCUCCAACACAACAACGUCCCCGUUGCCUUUCUCUCCCGUCAUGGUGCCUCCCACGAGUAUGCUCCCCAUGAAGUACCUUCCCGCGCCAACAUUGCUGCGUUGAGGAGUAUUGGGGUCAGAACGGUGAUUGCGUUCAGUGCCGUGGGAAGUUUGCAGGAAGAGAUCCGGCCAAGAGAUUUUGUUGUGCCGGAUCAGGUCAUUGAUCGUACGAAGGGGAUAAGGCCAUUCACUUUUUUUGAAAAGGGGAUCGUUGGACAUGUGGGGUUUGCGGAUCCGUUUGAUGCAAAGAUUGGGAAGAUUAUUAGUGCUUGUGGGCAUGCUCUAGCUGGAGAGGGAGUAACGAUGCAUGACAAGGGAACAAUUAUUUGCAUGGAAGGGCCACAGUUUUCAACCCGUGCCGAAUCCAACAUGUACCGCUCUUGGGGCGGCUCCGUAAUUAACAUGUCCGCCCUCCCCGAAGCCAAGCUCGCCCGCGAAGCCGAGAUGGUCUACCAAAUGAUCUGUAUGGCGACCGACUACGACUGUUGGCACAGUACCGAUGAUGUCGACGUCGCCAUGGUCAUGGGCCACAUGUCUGCCAACGGCGGUAACGCUAGGCGCUUGGUGGGCGCAGUGCUUGACGAGUUGAUCAAAGAAGAUCACACGGAUCUCGUGAAGGGGAAGCAUUGGGAGGGGAGCACCACGGGCAUGAUUAAAUUCAUGACGAAGGAAGAGGGAAGAGGGGAGGAGGGAGUAAAGAACGUAGAGUAUCUCUUCCCAGGGGUUUUUGGGAAGUGA